CAUGCGGAUGGGGGGCCGCAAGCUACGAGUUGGAUGUGCGCGACGCGACGUGCGACCAGCUCCGCGUCAUCCUGCGCGCGCUAAGGGCCGAGGGCCAGGGCGAGAAGGCGCAGGGCAUCCCAGGGCUCGGCAAGAUGCGCAAGCACGAGCUCCAGGAGUUGUGCAGGAUGAAGGGAAUCGAUUUCGACCAGCACACCGCCGUGUCGGAGCUCAGGCAGCGCCUGAAGGGCUGGAAGGUCGAGAACGCGGUCAGCGGCGCCUCGAGCAACGUGGCCCAUCCAAGCUCGCAGAUCACGGGGAAUGACAAGAUGCGCCUCGGCAAGUACCCGACCGCGGAUUACCGCUGGGUGCUCAAGAACGACCUGGGUCACGCGCGUUGGGCGGUGCUGGAGCUGGACAACGGCCGGGCGAGCCCGCUCCAGGCGCGCGUCGGCAGGUGGGUCAAGGCUCACGGCGUGAGGCGGCUCGAGGCAGAGAAACUCAAGACCACCAUCGAGGCGGCGAUGUCCGAGGAGGUAGUCCUGGACGACGAGUCGGCGACGCUGACGGCGACGAUGCAGCGGGCCUCAGCAAGUCAAGGCAGCUGGGCGGGCCACCGUCGCCCGAGGCCGGUCGAGGAGCACGAGAUGGACACCAGCGACCACGGCUUCCAGACGGCGGGCGAGACCGACCAGGAGACGAACGCCGCGUCUCCGCACGACAAGGUCACGGGCUUGCUGAGCGCCUUCGCGUUUCAGGCGGUGCUCACGGCGGACUGGCUGUCCCGACCUCUCAAGCCGUUUGCUCUGCAUGCGACGAGCGCCGCGCAGGCGGCAGUGCGCCGCGACAUGACAGCCACGGAGGUGAUCGACCGUAAAUACGGUUGGGACCUCCGCAAGCAGAAGGACCUCGAGAUGACGUACGAGCGGUGCUACGCAUCGAGGCCGAAGUUCCCGUCGAUCGAGCUACCCUGCAACUACUACACGAACAUUACGCACCUCAAUUUCCGCACGCCGCAAGGGAAGCAGGUGAGGUGCGAUAUGUGCGAGUACGGGGCUCAACACUACAAGACGGGGGGGCUCAUCAAGCACCCUAUCAAGCUGCUCGUUGCCCACAAGGAGUUCGAGCGGCUACGCCGCACCUGCAGCCGCACGCACCACAACCAGACGUUCGGUGACAACGUGGCGGUGCGGAAGUCUGGCGUUUCCCCAGCCAAGUUCUGCCGAGCGGAGCAGGCCGCCGUCUACGUGAACGACACCGCGUCCCUGGGAGAGACGGGCGAGCCUAUUGGGGGCCUAGGCCCCAUGGGCGGCGGGGGCGACUGCGCCGACACUCGCGACGUGAAGGCCGACGAGACUGUGCACGGCAGGAUCGGGGUCGGCGCGGUCGCUUUCACCAAGAAAGCAGCAGCCUGCUGCAAGCCAGCCGAGCUAGCCAUGCUCAAGAGACUCCACGUCAACUUGGGCCAUCCGUCGAAUGAAGACUUGGGCCGCAGUCUGCGACUCAAGGGCGCUAAGUCGGCCACCGUGCAGGCCGUCCAGGGGCUGAUCUGCGGAGGGCGUCGCUCGCAGCAGCGCCCGAGCGCAAGGAGACCAGCGCACCUCCACAUCGUGCAAGAUUUCGGCGACGACGUGGGCUUCGAUUGCUUCGAGCUCAAGGACGUCGGCGGCAAGAGCUACUGGUGCUUCAGCAUCGUCGACUUGACCACUACCUUCCACGUCGCGACGCUGAUCGGUCGCCACACCAGACAGGAGUUCGCUGCUGCCUUCGAGAGUUGCUGGGCCUCCUGGGCCAGCGUCCGGAACCGAGCCCACUUCGACAUGGAGAGGGGGUUCGGCGGCGUUCUCAGCGAGCUGUUCCAAUCUUUCGUCACGGUGCAGCUACCUAUCGCGGGACAGGCCCACUGGGGCGAGGACGAGAUGCGGACACUGGGCAUCAUGGCGUCAGGCGCGAAGAACUCGCUGAGGCGGCGGGCCGGCUUCAGCCCCGCGCAGUGGGCGCUGGGGCGCGAUCCCAAGAUGCCCGCCGACCUGGUGGACGACGCGGCCAAAUACAGCGCCCGCAGUCUCGCCACCAAUGACGAGAAUAUUCGCCGCCGAUGUGCCAUUCGGACGGCAGCGCGCGAGUCGUUCAUGCGGAUGCAGAAUGACGACCAGCUGAGACGAGCUAUGCUGGCUCGCGCUCGCGCCGUGGCCACGCCCUUGUCAGUGGGCGAGAUGUGCUACAUUUUCCGCCACGUCAAGAAGAAGGAGCAGAAGGAGCAGCACAACCGCAACGCCAAGGAGGGCAUCUGGCGGGGGCCGUGCGUGGUCAUCGGUCACCAAGGCAACAACGCCUGGGCAUCGCUGGGAGGGCGCGCCAUGCUGGUGGCCCCGGAGCACAUCAAGGCGCUCGCUCCAGACGACGUCUGGUUCCCGAACGGUCGGGGCGAGAUCGGCCAGGCCGCGGCCGAGCUCAACGGGGCUCGCGACUCACUCGAGCUGGAGGAGGCCUCGUUGGAGGACAUCCGCCCCGAGCCGGGCAAGCCCGAGGUCCAGCCAGACGAGAUGGAGCAGGCGUGGCGGGAGUUCAUCGACAGCCCAGACGACGACGACCUGAGGCUGAACGUUCCUGAGGACCCGAAGCCCCAAGAGCAGAUCGAGGUGCUGCCCGCCGACCGGGCCGACAUGCCUCAGUCGGCCUUGGAGGGGCAGCCCUACGGCCCCGUCGAGUCGGCUCCCAGAGAAGCGACGCAGACCUCCAUCGUCACCGAGAGGAUCAAUCGCAAGCAAGCCGACAAGGAGAUCAACUGGAGGGCCAUCAAGGACUCCGACAGGGAGCUCUACCGAGAGGUGCUCACCAUCGAGGAGUCCGAGGCGGUCAGGGGCAAGGUCAAGACCAACCUCAUCUUGCCCAGCCCGUUUGUGCGCCGGGAUAAGAAUGCGCCGCCGCGGGCUGACAAGCACCCGCUGCCGGUCAAACCCAGUGCCCGACUCUGCGUCGGGGGUCGCAUGGGCCCGCGUCUCGCUCAGGACGUCCUGCGCACAGACGCGCCUACGGUCACCCGCAACUCGACUAUGCUGUUCUUCACCGUCUGCCAGAGGUUCGACCUGGAGAUAUAUGCAGCGGGCGUGGAGGCGGCUUUCAUGCAAGGCGACGAGCAGCCCGGCCAGCAGUUGCGCAUGGCUCAGCCCCGCGAAGCGCUGUACUACGGCUGCGACAAGCACGGGGGGCCAUGCGCGGUGGUGGUCGCCCACGUGGACGACCUGCUACUGAGCGUCUCGCCCAAGUACCCGACCCUGUACGACAGGCUCUACAAGCUUCCGCCGUGGGGCGACUGGAGGGGUGCCCUGCGCCUGCGCCAGACAGAGCGCGCGAACACGAUCGAGGAGAUCGCGCCCAGCAAGGAGCGAAAGACGGAGCUGUCGGCGGAGGCGACGCCCGCCGAGUUUUCGGACAACCGCUCCGCCCUCGGAGCGCUUGGAUGGCUCUCGCGUGGGUGGCUCUCAUCGCAGACUCGACCAGACCUGUCAGCUGGAGUGGCCAUGGGACAGUGCACCCAGUAG